UCUUAAAAAGGAUAUGUUACUAUCAACAUUCACACAGUGUUGCCAAACUGAAUUUUGUUAUUUUGAGUGUAAAUUUUUUCCACGGAUCUCCGAGGGUACUAUACUAUGAUUGUAACAGAAGUGACCUACAAGAUAAGACCAAUACUUUGUUACUUGCAAUAAUUAAAACUUAUACCUGUCUGUCUUUAGGAUAUAAACCCAACUAUAAAAUUAGGACAGAGAAAGCUGGUGGAUCAAUUAAAAUUAAAGGAGUGUGCCCUUCCAGGCUUAUUUGCAAACUGAGAGACCAAGGACAAGUUUCCGUCAGUUAUUGGAAAACACAUGCUGGACAUAAAGAAGUAUUAAGAACCAUGCAUCUGUCAAAAGCAGAAGAAAAAAUGGUUGUAGAAAAAUUGAUAGCUGGGGUGCCACCCAGUAGAAUUUUAAAAGAUUCAAGAAAGUUGGAAACACCACAACUAGAUGGACUUGCUGUAAUAACAACUCAAGAUCUCACAAAUUUGUCCACAAAGUAUAAUAUACACAAGAAAAGAGAUCAAAAUGAUAUGGUAGCAGCAGCCUUAAAGGUUCAGGAAUGGAAUGCCAACAACAAGAAUUAUGCUUUCUUAUUCAAGAAAGAAGGAGAAGAGCAUGAUGUAUUGAGAAAAGAAGAUUUUGCAGUAGGAUUUAUGAAUGCGGUGAUGGAAGAGAAACUACGACAAUUCCCGAACAUAAUUUGUAUAGAUGGGACACAUGGGACAAAUCAGAAAGGACUGGAUUUGACGAUUAUGCUGGUGAAAGACGAAAGAAAUGCUGGAUUUCCUGUUGCGUUCCUGCUAUCAAACAGACUGGACCAGCAAAUUCAAGAAGUUUUUUUAGAUGCCCUCAAGAAUAAGAUGCAGACAGAAGUUAAUGCGGAAUAUUUCAUGAGUGAUGAUGAUCCUAAAUAUUAUAAUGCAUGGGAGAAGAUAAUGAGACAACAACCAAGGAGACUAUUAUGUACGUGGCAUGUGGUGAAGAACUGGAACAUUAGAGGAAAGAAAAAAUUACAGGAUCCAACUUUGAAGGCGCAAAUGAAAAAUGAACUCAGGCAGAUUAUGCGAGAACCAGAUGAAGAUAAAUUUAAAGAACUAUGCGACAAAUAUGUAUCCAAACUAGAAGAGGCAAAUGAGAUCAAAUUUGUCGCUUAUCUGAAAAAGCGUUACUUGGCUGAAGACAGAAUACAAAUGUGGCCCUAUUGUUACAGAAAAAAUUCUGGGAUUAAUACCAACAUGGCAAUUGAAUCACUCAACAAUCUACUAAAGACGAAUUACCUAAAGAGAAAUGCAGCAGUGAGGAUUGAAAAGCUAUUGGAUACAAUGGAUGAGCUAGUUGAAGCCAAAAUGUGGACGAGGAUAGUGGAUAUAAUACGACCAAGCGCAAAUAAUUAUCAAGACAGGCUUUCAAUAACAGCACACAAACGGGCAGCAUCGAUGAAAGACAAACUAGAAGAACUGGUUAAGGAGACUGCAUAUGGCUAUUAUGAGGUAAAAUCCUUUAAAGGUAUGAAUAUAUUACGUUAUGUAAAUUUUAGACAAGUGUGUGAGAGUGAGUGUAAGACAUUGUUUUGUAGAGUGUGUAAGAUUUGUAUUCACCGUUAUUGGUGUAGUUGUGAUGACUAUGUGGUGAGGAAUACCUUGUGUCAGCAUGUGCACUUGGUAAGAAUGUAUGAGGAGCGUUUGGGCACUAACUCUGUUGUAGAUGAUGCUGCAAGGUGUUUAGAAGAAAUGUCAACUAUCAAAUCAAGGCAUGAGGAGGAAAUUAAUGAAUUUGUCAGAGGGAAGCUAGAACAGACAAAUGUGACCCAGGAAAAAACCAAACGCAGUCUUCAACAGGAAUACCUCAUUAAUGUGUUGAACGGAUUAGAUGACCAAGGUUUUGCCGAAUAUAUGAGAAAAACUCAAGGAAUUCUGGAAGAAGUUAAUAAUAAGGGAAAGAACAUUACGAAGAAGCGAAAAAUGGAGACUCAAGAGUAUUUUCCUUAAAAAAAAAAGAACUGAUU